AUGCGCCACGUUGACGCGGCGCCUCGCCAGCCGGUCCAGAAUUUGAAGGUUGUUCCGCCGGCAUACGAUUCUCCGCCAGCAUAUGAAUGGACAGAGAGACCGAGGAGUCAAUUGACAGGCACUCCCGAAUGGCUAGCAACGUCUACAACCAGACCGGUGCGGCAUAGCCCCGGAUGGACCAAAAAUCCACGCCCACUAUCGAAAUACGAUAAUCGGCCGCGUGAAUUAAAUGGAAAUCUUCUGCAGAUUGACCCAUCGUACGCGACCGUCCCCCGAUCGUUUGGUCAAUCCAGGGAUACGGUAGCAGCCUAUAAUCAAACAGGACAGCUACUUACAUCUAGUCGAUCUCAGGGCAAUGAUAUUGUUUCUCAAAGUCAAUACCUGACCCGGUCACCAAAGCAACCCCCAUCGGCAACAUUCGAACGUCGUGGGACCCGACAGGCUUCUUUUAUGGCUGCGAUCGCCAGCGGCUCCAAGCUGAAAAUUGCCCGCCAAGUGGCUGAAGAAAAUAAAGCCCCUCCACAUCAUAAUCAACAGCCAAGAGUCUGGAGGAAAGACAGUCUACGAGCUGCCCUCGAGGAGAAGGAGAUUGAGUCCAAGAAGUUUGCCGAAGAUGAACCAGACGGGGCCGUGGAACAGCAUCAUCUUGACGUGGAUUCAGUAGAAGGAGGAGGGCAGAUCGUGCGGGUUGUGCUUCGUAGCCCACAGGCCAGGAGUCGGCGCCAUCGCAGAUUUGCUGGU